AUGUCUUUCGACCGCCUCAACUCGCUGGAGGCCCAGCCCACCGAUAUGCGCCGGUCCGAUGACCCGCAAUAUCGCGACGAUCCUGGCUUCGACCAUCUCGCCGAAUCGCUCUCCGAUCAGUUGUUCACAUUGACCUCCAACAUCUCUCGCUUGUCUAAUCAAAUCGCUCUUCUCGGCACGAAACGGGACACUGAACGUGUGCGCGAACGAGUCCACAAUCUAUUGGAGGAGACCCGGGCGGGGUUCAAGGAUGUAGGCGACGGGCUUAAGAAGAUCCAGCAAUGGGAGGACGUCAAUCCGUCCCAAAAAUGGACUCAGCAGAAGCUGUCAUCUGAGUUCAAGGCCAGUCUGGAUGAAUUCCAGACGGUGCAACGCCGCGCCCUUGAGAAGCAACGCGCAUCGGCCGUCGCAGCCCGGACCGCCAUUGAGGAGGGUGACCAUCCAUCUGGCGAGGCGGGAGUUCAACUACAACAGCAGCUAGAGGAGCAGUCCCGUAUGGCCAACCAGAGCGAGGUAGAUUUCCAGGAAUCUCUUAUCAUUGAGCGCGAGAACGAGAUCCGGAACAUUGAGCAGAGUGUUGGCGAGUUGAAUGAGCUGUUCCGUGAUGUUGCUCAUAUUGUUCAUGAGCAGGGAGGUCAGCUCGACAUCAUCAGUGAGAACGUCCAGAACGUUUCCCAAGACACACGGGGCGCCAACACCGAGCUCCGCAGUGCCAGUCGAUACCAGAAGAAUGCACGCAACAAGGCAUGCUGCUUGCUUAUCAUUCUGGCAGUUAUCAUGACCAUCAUCGUUCUUGCUGUUGUUCUCGGUUAG